UUUUCAGUCAUAUAAGAAAAAACAUGAUUAUAAAUAAUACGGACAUAAAGUCAGCUUCCUUCUUUAAGAUGAGUAACAAUGCCCAAAGAAGUAUUGGUAAACUGUGGCCAUGUGGUACCGCCGCGGGGGCUCCGACUUUUGCAGCACUCGGGGUUCACGGUCGGAAAGGAGGUAGACGUAGGUAUACCAAAACCGAACGACCAACAACGAUAAGAGUCAAUUUCCUAGGCAGGCCAACGCGUCGUUCAACUUUACUGGUUCGGCUUUUACCUUUUGCCACUACUCGCAGACGACGCUUUUUUGUAGUAGUUUUUAGUGUUUGCUGCUGGAAACGGUCCUCGUCGGUGACGGUGUUACAUUACGGAAAGUUUUCGUGGAUUUUAUACAAUUUAUUAUAAAAGUUAGUUGCAGGUCAUGAGUUCGAAAAAUGUCAUCCUCAAAUCCCAUUGACACCGACCUGAUCGACUUCCACAUUGAGGGACCAUCAUCAUCGCCUGAAGACUCUGAAGUGCUUCCAACUAAUUUUGAUAAUGACAACCUUAUUGAUACGGAACUUCCUCUAUUUGAGCAAAAAUUACAACUAACCCAAUCUACAAUUAACAAUAAUCCUAGAAGAAACAGUGUAGAUGUAGAAGAUAUUUUAAUUAACUUAGACUCUGACGAGUUUGAUAAAGAUAGUUUAGAUGGAGAUUUUUUGGAUGUCUGUCCGCAAGGAGCUAAUAAUAACGAAACCACAUUGCCAAUUGAUAAUUUUGAGGCCUUAUUAGUACUGAAAAAUUUGGACGAUCUUCUUAAUGCCACCUUAGAAGAUUCAACAAAUAAUAGCAAUGACAAGUUGGACGAAGAUGAAGACACACAACAAAUUAUUGAAGAAUGCUUAGAAGACUUAGACAAUUAUUUACAAGCUAUAGAUCCGACAACAUCUUAUGAUAGUGAAUCUUUAUCGGAUGAAUCACGUUCGAGUCCUAGUGAGGACUUGUCAUCAGAACACCAAGAGGUUGAGUUUAAUGAAGAAUUAGCUCGAAUUAAAUUAAGACAAAUCGAAGAAAACUACAGGAAAUUCGUCGCUUCAGGGAUAGUUAAUCGCGGCUAUAUCGAUACCGAAAACAAUGACAGGCUUGCUUUAAACAGGAAACAACCGCUUAGAGCUACCAGUACCGUAACCAAUGGUACUCGUACUCGACCCAGAUUGAUUAGGAGGAAGUCUUUAAACGAAACCUAUAUCGCACCAACCACCCUAAUAGAAAACAGGACUUCCUGUGCAGAUGCCCAUAAUGACGUUAUUGAACGCGAACGUCAUGCCCAUGCUUCCACAGAUUGUUGUACUGGAACGGUCAUUGUCGAACCACUUCGCAAAGAGUCGGUCAGUACUUCUUCGGUAUUGGUGGUUGACGAAACGCGAACUAGUCCGCGGGCGCGAAGAAGCUCCAUGCGACGUUUGCAGCAUCUAGAACUACCACCAAGUAAUGUAUUACCAGAGGAUGAUAAUAGACCGUUGAGCGCACCUUCAAGAUUAACAACUCCAAAUGUGGAUGAAGCUACGAGAUCCAGAGCAAGGAAUUUGACUCAGCCCAGCAACGCUGCUGGUAGGACGAGAAGUAGUUCUGCCUCGUCGCAAUCUAGAAGGCGGUCGUUUAGUAGUACUAGCACGUCUAGUGUUGAUAGUACUUUGAGUCGUCCUAUGGAAGCUGCUGCGUCUACUGCAACGAAUACUGUGGAGGAAAGUGCUGCGGUACCAAAUGGCAACACUAAUAGCAGUCGAAGGCGAUCAUGUGACCAACCAGUCAACGCAAUGCCAGAGGCCGAAAGUCCAUUGGGCAAAUGGCCCCACAGUCUGAGCUCGAUGAUGGCCUGUUUGGGCUGCACUUUAGGACUCUUCAACAUAUCCCGUUUCGCCAUUUUGACAAUCCAUUUCGGAGCGAACUUCAUUUUCCAAUUUAUGCUACUCUCCUUCGUUUUCGGACUGCCCCUGUUUACUUUACAGCUUUGUUUGGGCCAGCAAUUGGGCACCGGAGUGAUUGAUAUGUGGAAAAUAUCGCCGUUGUUUCAAGGAGUUGGAGUGUCUUUACUGAUUACACAAGCUUUGACUGGGCUUUAUAGUAUUAUUGGUGUUUCAUGGAUGUUUGUUUAUUUUCGAGAUUCGUUUAUCACUGCCGUUGAUGAGUAUAGAUGGGCUGAACCAUUUCCUUAUUAUAGAAAAGGCAUACAACCUCCAAUUAAUGGCAGCUAUAAACUAACAGAGACUGUACCAGAUUAUUUCAAUGGAAUAGUAUUGCAAAGGUACCAUUUACCAAGCGGUACAGCCUAUGGAACUAUUAAAUUUCAAUCGGCCUUCAAUUUGGCUGUAGUCUGGAUGAUUGUGUUUGUUUCGCUUAGUAAAGGCCUUAGAUCAUAUGGAAAGGUAAUUUAUGUCUUCACCUUGCUGCCAGUAUUCGGUACGUUCGUUUUGUGCGCAAAAAUUUUGGGACUGAUGCCGCCCGAGUUUGUAAAUAUAAUUUUUCCAGAGACUUCUUGGGGAGAAUUCUUUUUAAACUCAAGGAGUUGGCUGGCUGCUGCACAAGAAACUUUUCUCACCUGGGGUCUCCUGGGUGCAGCCAUAAUGCAAAUUGCCUCGCACAACAAGCACAAACACUUACUGCAAAGGGAUUCUACCUUGGUAGCUGUAAUGACAAUUUCUGUAUUGCUUUUGGUUGCCUUUUUAGCCAAUACCUGCGUCCAGAUACUCAAAUCUUAUGGCUACAGUUACUAUCCUAGCUCAUUUGAACGAAUCUCUUCUUAUGGUUUCAUGCGUCACAUAAAAGACCCUUUACCACAAACACUUUUAAACACUCCCAUAAGGUAUAUGAGGCAUAACUCCUUUAUUUUGGGAGAGAGAGUAAUGAGGCCUGGAGGAGAUAACGCCUAUGAGAGUGGAUAUCAGGUGCUUCGUUUGGCAACCGAGUUGCUUCCUGCAACUUUUGCAGUGAUUGGAGCCAAUCAGGUUUCACCAUUUUGGGCGGUUCUCUCCUAUUUCAUUUUUAUUAUGUUCGGUAUAGCUCAGCAACUGGCCAUAUGGCAUUGCGUCAUCACCGGAAUAAUGGCCAUUAAUGCUAAAGUGUUGAAAAAAUGGGAGUCAACUAUUACAUUUUUUAGCUGCGCUUGUGGUUUUAUUUUGGGUCUUCCUAUGGCUACUGAGUUGGGAAUUUAUGUGGUAUAUUUUAUGGACUACACGCUGGGCAGCAUCUGGUGGUUGGCAAUAGUGAUAAUCUUGCAAAUAAUGGCCGUGUUUUUGGUCCGCGGCAGGCCUUACAGUGGUGAUACUAUUGUAACUGCUCUUUUUACAGCCAACAGUCAUAGUUGUCUUAUCAGUUGGGCACCACCUCUGUUGUCGUUUACUUGGAACGUCAUCCUACCUGUAGUACUAAUGGUUCUCUGCAUUGCGACAUUUAAAAAUGGCAACUUCAGAGAUAUGUUUAUUUGGCACCAUGCCCCAUUCUCGGAUUACUGGCCCCUGUGGACCAGACAGUUGGGUUCGAUGAUGCAACUUUUGCCAGUUUUAUGUAUACCCUUUGUGGCUGUCAUCCAAAGUUACAGAUAUUUGAAUAACGGACCUGCAGAUAUAUUAGAGCGAAUCCAGUUGCUCUACCGCCCUCCAAUAGGCGAACACAUGGAAGACCCACCAACCGUAGACACAAAUAACCCUCCAAACAAUUUACCCACAACAAACAUCCCUCCAGAAGAUCCUCCUCCCAAAUAUACCCCUCCACCAAGUUACACUACAGCGACUGGAGCUCGCUUAGCUAAAUUUCUGAGGCAAAGCAUCAGGCGCAGCAUGCGUAGAAUCGCCAACGUCCUAGGAGAAGGUCCAAGUUCGUCCAGAACAAGGCCCAGUGUCCAACCACCUCCGCCCGAUUACAACGCUGUUUUUGUGGAAAUGACUGGCGGCAACGACACUACUUUGGAACGUCUAAGGAAUUUGCAAACAUCUCCGAACGCUUUAACAGCUGCGGAAGUGGCUUCAAUACUCAGAAGUAGCUUCAGAAGAAGUCGGAUUCGAUCGCCCACCAGGAGUACUGCUGAACAAUUUGUGGCGUCGCUCAGUGCUGAGCAUUUGGUAGACGCUGAAGCUCCAAUUGGCGAAACUUCGUUGGUUAUGGAGCUGAAUGAGAAGACGUCGAAUGGCGUUCCGUCUGUGAUAUGACACUGUUUAUUGUAAAUUAAUCAUAAUUAAAAAUAUGUGUUCUUUACUGUGUAAAGAUUAUUAGGUAAUAAUAAUUAUUGUUUUUUUUUUAGCCAGUGUAUUAUUUUUAUGCAAUAUCAAUAAUUAAAUAUUUUUGUAUUUUUAGUUGUUUGUAAUUAAUUACCAAUAAAUAAUUGAUAAUUUAAAUCGAG